ACAAAAACAUUAUUAAUUCCCUCUCAAACCAAAAUAAAGAUAUAAUUAAUGCUUCAUCACAGAGUUAAUAAAAGUAUGACCAGAAAAAGGCAUAAUAAAAGCAUGUUAAAUCACCUAUAAUUAUCAUAGCAAUAAACAAAAUAAAAAUAAAAUCACCAUACAAUCAUAAAAAAAAUAUCAGCAUACUGCAGAGGAGAAAAAAGCUCUAUGUUGUAUUGUGGGGGUAAAUGAAAAAGCAUUACAUAUUAUAGUGGUCCAGGUUCUUAGGUUAUAUAAGUUCCUCACAUGGUUAUUAAAUACAAUGUACAAUAUUAGUUUACUACAUUUAACAUUUAUGAUUCAACUACAAGGUUUUAAAAGAUUUGUGCCAUGUGCCCAAAGGUUACCUAAUAAAGAUUGUAAUUUCAAAGGCACACUUCAAAAAGACACAGCACACUGCAGUGUAGAUAUUCUCAUCAGGUAUCAGCUUUAUCAUCAUAAUUGGAAGCUCUUUCCCACGUUCCCCCACCUCAUUUUAAAGCUUAUCUCUAUUGUGCAACACACUUUCCACCUGCUCUUCUGGGAGAAGUGUAUUAUCCUCAGGCAAUUCACAGUCAAUUUACCAUGCUGUAAUAGAUGCCUUUUCUAUUGUCCCACUGAAUGCAUGUAUUGGCUAUGAGAGUGUGGGAAAGACUAACAGUUUUGGGACCCAUGCAUUUGUAUGCAAGCUGCUGGGUAUAUAAAUACUGGUGAAGAGGCUCCAGAUACCAGAUCCCCUCUUGUUCAGCACUAGAGAUUGUGCAGCAUCUCUGAUAAUGGCACCUACCAUGACUGCAAUGAAUACUCUCUCAGCAAAAGAAAAAAACAAGCUUCGGAAACCUAUGGUAGAAAAAAUGCGCAGAGACAGGAUUAAUAACAGCAUUGAACAACUGAAAAAUCUCCUGGAGAAAGAAUUUAACAAGGAAGAACCUAAUGUAAAACUUGAAAAAGCUGAUAUAUUGGAGAUGGCAGUGAGCUUCUUACAACAGCAAAAAGGUCAGUCAUCAAGUUUGAACAGUUUGGAGCAGGAAUACAGGCAAGGAUUUUCCUCCUGUUUAAGAGAAGCUAUGCAGUUUCUGUGCUAUUACCCAGAAAGCACUGAAGCUCAGAUGAAAUUGGUUAACCACUUGCAAGGACCACAACAAGUCUGUGUUGCAUCUUCUCCAUAUCUGCCUAAGCUAAAUGACUCAAAACAAGCCACUGUGGCCAACAAUUCCAUCAAGCUGUGGAGACCUUGGUGAAUCAACAAGAACUUUGUGUGGACUUUAAAACAGAGGCAAAAAUGGCUUGAUACAAGUUGUGCAUGGUAUGCCUCUAAAAGUAAGGAGUCAUCUUCCUCCACAUAUACUUUAGUAUGACUGGAUACAUUACCUCUAUAUGAGUAAAGAGUGAGCUUUUGUGAAGCGCUUAAAGUUAUCCUGAGGGAUCAUCAAUACGUGUUUGUCCAUGAACAUGUGUCUUGUUGUAUGACCAAUUUAAAGGUUUAUUGAAAGUUAUUUAUAUAACUUAGGUUCUUGUCUUUAUAAGGUGUAUUGCAAUCUACAAUAUUUGUAGGCAUGAUGUAUAGAAUUCUAUAAUUCUCCAACUACAAAAGAUCAUCUGCAAAUAUAUUAACCCCUUAGCUACCAAAGAGGGCUGCUGUGCUUUGCUACCCAACUAAGCAAUGUGCAGCAAUCCUGUCUAGGACGCUAAGGGUUAACAAGCAGAAAGGUAUAAGAAUCACCUUAGGAUAUCUUCUGAUUCUAUGUAGUUUGUGUUUUUCUAUUUUAAUUGUUAACUUCUAUGAAGUUUUUUUUUUCUUUUGUAUCUCUUCAAAACAGAGAGUUUUCUGCAUUCUCAUAGAAUGUCAUAAUGUUGAGUAAAUGUUAAAACAUUACUCUCAGAAUAGAUUGCUUUAAGAAAGUGUAUCAGUAUUGGCAGCUAGUUUACAUUUUUUUUAAAAUGAAACAUUUUUGUAAACUAGACAAAUGGGAAUUUGAUACAUUUACUUUUUGUAAAGUUAUCUAAUUGUUUCCAUUGUUAUUAUCAUUUUUUGUUCUGGGCUUAUUAUGAGUGACAUAAAACCUGUACUUAUUAAAGGAAAUUCAACUGAUAAGCCAUUGUAUAUAAGUAUGUUAAUGAUUUUUCUCAUUAUCAGAGGGAGAUACAUUCAACAAUUUUGAAACUUACAAACUGAAGGCAAAAGUCCUUGUUACUCCAGUGGAGAAAUAAUCCAAUUAAUGUAUUUAAAACUGUGUAUAGUAUAUUUACUGAUAUUUUUGGAAAAUACUAUAUAAAUGGUUAAUGUGUCUUUAUAAAGAUGAUUUUUUUUUUAAAAAAAAAACCAGUGACUCAACUGUUGGAAUAUUAGCAUAUACAAUAAUGCAUUCUAAAGAUAUUGUACAAAAUAUUUUUGUCUCUAUGGUAAAUAAAACAUUUUGUUGUUUUUAUAAUCCAUCCUUAUAGGAUGAAAAGUAUGUAUAAAUACAUUAUAUUUGUACUUUAUAUGAAAUGCUCUUUCCAAUGCAAAAAACCCCCCCUGAGUUUUGCACAAUGUAUAAAUAAAACUAUUGAAUUAUAUUAUA